AUGGGGGCUGUCCUAGGCCUUUGUUCUGCUGCACAGCUGGCAUGUUGCUGUGGCAGCGCUGCUUGUUCCCUAUGCUGUUCAGCAUGCCCUUCUUGCAGAAAUUCCACAUCCUCAAGAAUUAUGUAUGCCCUCAUGUUACUAUUGAGCACUAUUGCAGCCUGUAUUACACUGUCUCCAGGCUUGCAAGAUGCUAUGAAGAAGGUACCAUUCUGCAAGACCAACAGUACUUCAUUUGUGCAAGAUACAUUACCAAAAAUAGACUGUGCUGGUGCUGUUGGAUAUCUUGCUGUUUACAGAAUCUACUUUGUUUUAACAUGUUUCUUUGCUCUGAUGGCAUUGAUGAUGAUUGGUGUUAAAAGCUCAAAAGAUCCCAGAGCUGGUAUCCAAAAUGGAUUUUGGGGAUUGAAGUAUCUUCUAGUCAUUGGAGGUAUCAUAGGAGCCUUUUUCAUUCCUCAAGGGUCUUUUGGCAUCACUUGGAUGUACUUUGGGAUAAUAGGUGGUUUUUGUUUCAUUUUAAUUCAGCUUAUACUUAUUGUUGAUUUUGCACAUUCCUGGGCUGAGGCUUGGGUUGGAAACUAUGAAGAGACAGAGUCUAAGGGCUGGUAUUUUGCCCUAAUUGGUAUGACUUUGCUCAAUUAUGCUUUGAGUAUCGCUGGAAUUGUACUCCUGUAUGUGUACUUUACCAAGUCAAGUGGGUGUGAUUUGAACAAAUUCUUUAUUUCUAUCAACAUGAUAAUCUGUGUUAUUGUGAGUGUCAUCUCAGUGCUUCCAUCUGUUCAGGACAAGCUGCCGAGGUCAGGCCUGCUGCAGUCUUCUGUGGUCACCUUGUAUGUGACUUAUCUAACUUGGUCUGCAGUAUCAAACUCUGCCAAAGAGUGUAAUCCUGGUAUUUGGGGCAUUGUUGGAAACACAUCUACCAGCAACAACAGAAUUGAUAUUGUUGGCUUAAUCAUCUGGAUGUGCUGCGUUCUGUAUUCCUCACUGAGAUCUGCUAGUAAUUCUUCUAAAAUCACCAUGUCUGAAAACAUGUUGGCCAAGGAUACUGGAGCAGUACGUGGCUCCGGAACCGACAAUUUAGUUGAGAAUGAAGGUAAUGAUGGUGGAGAGAGUGGACAAGGCAAGAAAGUAUGGGACAAUGAAGAUGAAACUGUAGCUUACAGCUGGAGCUUUUUCCAUGUUAUGUUCGCCUUAGCAACUUUGUAUGUGAUGAUGACGUUGACCAAUUGGUACAAUCCCAAUUCGAAUUUGGACGAUUUCAGUUACAAUGCUGGUUCCAUGUGGAUCAAGGUGAUUUCUAGUUGGUUAGCCUUGACUUUGUAUGGCUGGACCCUACUGGCUCCUAUCAUAUUGGCAGACCGGGAAUUCAACUAA